AUGAGUCGAAGCUGGACAUAUCAAGAAGGAGUAUUAGCUCGUUCCUGUGUGUAUCAGUUCUCAAAUUCAGCUGUCGACCCUGCAAAUAGCUGGAGCACCCCCAGUAGACACCGAUUUCAACCAGUGGAAUCCGUUCAUCGGGCUCUCUAUAACCCUUAUUGGGAGAAUCUGCAUCAAGACUGGAAAAAUUGCAAGUAUAACAGAUUACACUUUUGGAUAGAUUGUCGCAUGAAGAGAUGGACCAAUCAAUCAAUAAUAGCGAAUGUGGUCAAAAUAACAGGCCAACGCGGAAGACUAGAGCAGUUUGUCCGCAGUUGGAAUGAGCUUGCAGGCAGGUCGACAACCAUGAUUGACGAUAUCCACGUCGUGGUGGCAAAUCUAUUGGACUUCCACGCAGGUACUAUCAUAAGUCACAAAGAUCAGCAAAGCCGUAUGAAAGCUAUGAUCCUAAGCUUUGACCUGCUGCCAUUUUCCCUUUUCUAUAACACUGGCCCGAGGCUUGGUCAGCACAUUCAGCACAAAAAUAGGUGGAUUCCACUAGGGCCAAGCAAAAGUCAACUUACGAUGUCGCCUACAGUAAAGCUCUUACAUGGAGUUGGCGAACUCCUACUCGAAGACGACUCAAAAUCGCUACAGAUAUUUCUGAUAACUGGCUUAGUCGGUAUAGAGCGGUUCAAGUUUUACUCUCCGAUGACAGGAGAUAUGUUCCUUGUACAGCCACAGCUUCCGGAUAGCGAGGGGUACCAGUUCUCUUCCGAGGGUAUCAAACUUAUUGUAUUGGAAGGCCCUUGGCAAAAUCCAACCAGCUCAAAGAUCCGUGGCGCUUGCUUCCAGGUUGUCCAAAGCGAGGGACUGGAGAGGAAUGAACCAGAUGAAAGAGGCAAUUCCCCUAAACUACGGCUUAUAUUCGAAUUUCCAUUAGAAAUCACACCUACUGGAGAAGAGGGGGAAUAUUCAAGAGCAAACGCCCUACAACCUAAGUUGUACACGGCCUCUGUUGUUUCUCCUGCAUGUCAACUUCUUAUUCAAUACGGUAAGCAUCUCUUGCCGCAAAUUAGCUAUUAA